AUGGAACCUCCAUGGAGGGUCUGCUUCUUUGGGACAGAUGAGUUUGCCCUGGAACAUCUUAAAAAAUUACAUGAGAACCAAGUUGCUGGUGAUGUUAAAUUAGUUAAAAGUUUGGAUGUAGUCAUUCCAAAAUCUGGGAAGUGUAUAGUAGGUGAUUAUGCCGAAAGAUGGAACAUCAGGUGCAUGCAGUGGCCCAUCCCGUCGAUGGUUGGAACGUACGACGUCGGUAUUGUUGUGUCGUUUGGUCACCUGAUACCCAGGAGCGUCAUUGACUCAUUUCCAUUUGGAAUUCUGAAUAUCCACCCAUCCAUCCUUCCCCGAUGGCGAGGGGCAUCUCCAAUUAUCCACACCAUCCUCAAUGGUGAUCGGGAAACAGGUAUCUCCGUGAUGGAGAUUCGACCGAUACACUUUGAUGUCGGACCCCUACUUCUGCAGUCUCGCUUCGUCAUUCCAGAUGACUGCAGCACAUUUCAAUUGAGAGAUUACCUAUCAGUGGAGGGAUCACACAUGAUGAUGCAUGCAUUGCGAGAUCUUCCAAGAUUGGAGAAGAUGGAGUAUGAACAAAAUGAAUCUGGCGUCACUUACGCCCACAAACUGAGCCCGGUGAAUGCACGAAUAAAUUGGGAGGAGCAAAGUUUGACUGACAUCGACAGACAGUACAGAGCACUCAAUGAAAUUUAUCAAUUAAGAAGUAUGUGGAACAAGCAGAAAGUUAAACUACUGGAUAUGGUUCCUUAUCCAUCCAUAUUGGAUUCAUUAGAGGAGACCUUCCCAGAGGAUGAGAUGACAUUGAGGCCAGGCAGUGCACACUACCUCAAGUCACACGACAUCCUCUGCAUUCGUUGCAGGGAUGCCUGGGUGGGAUUCGGUGGCAUCAUAUUAAAGAAGCCCCUCUCGGCCAAAAGCUUCUACAACGGUUACCUAUCCAAGUACCACCUCAGGUCCAUGACGUUUGACAGCAUGGAGAACGCCUUGGAUAAGUACACAUUCAGGACGACCGUUUCAAAGAGUUCUCUAAAAACAAGGGCUUGGGUUUGA